CCCUCCUGUAAACACCGUGAUAAUCGCGCCGUGAUUCUUACAAAACAUCGGAAUUCUCGAAAUCCUUUAGAAUAUUCAAAUCUUUUGGCAUCUUCUCGAAACUCAGGAAGAAUUCCGUUCUUCCUUUCUUCAUUUCUUGAACUUUCGAGAAUAAAGUAAUAAACCAAAAAUUCCGAAGCAGGCACCAAGGAACGUACGGUGAAGAUUUGACGCCCCCACAAAAAACCACCGCCUCCGCCACCACCAGGUCCACCACCACCACCACCAACAACCUCCGUCGUUACCGAACGACCAUCGCACGCCCGGACAACUAACCCUCUCAUCUUUUUACCUGUCUCGCCGCAGACCCAACCGAAACAGCAGAGCAGAGAUCCCACCCGAAUCGUCACCUUACUCGCUCGAAAGCGAAGGAGGAAGAGGGAGGGAGGAUGUACAGGGACGUGUCGAGCUGCAACACGUACAACUAUGGCGACGCCACUUACUGGGACGCGCGCUACGUGCAGGAGGCGGAGAUGGGCCACUUCGACUGGUACCAGCGUUACUCUGGCCUUCGCCCUUUCAUUCGCAUGUACAUCCCCAGCUGCUCCUCUCGCGUCCUCGUGGUCGGAUGCGGCAACGCCCUAAUGUCCGAAGACAUGGUAAAGGAUGGGUAUGAAGACAUAACAAACAUUGACAUUUCCUCAGUGGCUAUUGAAAUGAUGAGAAGAAAAUACGAAUCUAUCCCUCAGCUUAAAUAUAUGCAAAUGGAUGUUAGGGACAUGAGCUUCUUCUCGGAUGAGUCAUUUGACUGUGUCAUUGAUAAAGGAACUCUGGAUUCCUUGAUGUGUGGCACUGAUGCUCCGACAAGUGCUGCUCGAAUGCUAGGAGAGGUGAGCAGACUUCUUAAAGCUGGAGGAAUCUACAUGCUGAUUACAUAUGGGGAUCCAAAUGUGAGGAUGCUACAUUUGGACCAACCAGUAUACAACUGGCGAAUCAUUCUGUACAUCAUACCCAGACCAGGAUUCCAGAAGCUAGCAAACAAUAGUUCAACAUCAAGGUCAUAUCUGGAACCCGUGCCUCUUACUGAGAAGGGUUUGCUUCCACCUGAUUUUGUGGUGGAAGAUCCAGAUUCUCACUUCAUAUACGUGUGCAAAAAGAUGGACGAGACAGAGCUGAGUAGCAUAACAACCUACCCUUUGGAUGUUGAUCACUUAUAGCGGCUUCUCAGAGUAUUUCAUUCUGGUUAGCUAUCCAAGUGUACUCUUCACUAGUUUUGAUGCAUGUUAUAACUCAUCACAUUGAAUACUGCUGAUUCAAGUAGCAGGACGAUAUUCCAUUAAUCCCCUAGGUAUUCGUAGAGCUCUCUGCACUGAAAUGGGUGAUCUUGGUACUAUGAUGAUGUUUCUGGAUGUGGAAAGUCAAAUCGACCGAAGGUCCCUUGACAUUUUUUGAAUUACGUAGCGGUCUUGUAAUUUGCAUCAUUAGUGGGUACUUAAUUCUGUUCUGUCCUAGUCCCUGUCCUUGUUGUUGUGAUGUACAUUGAAUUGAUAAAGAUGCUGAUUAGCUUAAUAAUGUUGCAUGGUCAGAUCACUGUCCUUGUCUUUCUUGCA